AUGGUUAUUACUUCCACUACUGGUAGAGCCACCUCUCGUACGUCGCUGACGGGCUUUGAAAAGCGGCAAGCCGAAGAGCAACUAUUGGAUCGCAUUGGCGGCCCGAGCCUCCUUCGUGCCAUUGUGGACACGUUCUAUCAGCGCAUCAUUCAGGAUGCGUUUUUGGCUCCGUUCUUUGACGGCGUCAACAUGGCCGUGCUGGCGUCGCAUCAGUACAAGUUUUUGGAAGCAUUAAUGGCAUUUGCCAGUACGCAAGUAGUGGUGGUGGAAGUCCCACUGGACAAGGUUCAGUUUUUGCUGGCCAAACACGAUCGUAUGUUUCGCGAGAAAGGUCUGAGCGAAGAGCACUUGGAUCUCGUGUUGGAGCAUUUGGAGGCGGCCUUUCAAGAACACUGUGUGGAUGAUGCCGUGCUGCAGGAAAUCAUGGAGGUCCUGAAAGGACUGCGUCCCGUCUUUGAAGAACGAGCACGGCAAGAACAGGAGAAACAACUGACACUACUCGCCAAGCUGGGAGGACCUUCUAAACUGACCAAGUUGAUUCGCGUCUUUUACGAUCGUCUGUUGGCGGAUCCAGACUUGGCAUUUCUCUUUACUGGCAAAAACAUGGAACGAUUGAAACAGCAUCAGCAUCAGUUUCUCGAAAUGAUCUUUACCGAACUACCCGACGAUUUGGAUGUCAUUCACUAUAUUGGGGAACGGCAUCAGCACCUCUUUGCCAAAGGCCUCAAUGAAACACACUUUGAUUUAGUCUUGCAGCAUUUAUUGGCAUCCUUGCCCAAACACCUGUCACCCGUCACGGUCGAGGAGAUCAAAGCCACCAUUGGGUCUCUUCGCAUUGCUUUUGAAGCCAACGGACAAUACAACAACCUGCACAACAAUGAGACUUUGGAGGAAACGCAGCGCCAACUCCAAGACCUCCGGUUGCAAAACAAUCUCCUCUUGACAAAAGUGGCUACCAUCGAGUCCAUGCUGACGAAACAAGCCAGAGAAUUUCAAGAUCUCAAACAGAAUCUGGCAACCUUGACAAAUCUACUAUUGAUCCAGCAGCAGCAACCACCACAACAAAGCUCUGCCAACAACAACAAUCAUCAUCAUCAGACUCCUCCAAAUGUCCAUGUUUCUUCACCAAGAACAGACUCGGCCUACACCUCAUCGAAGAAUCUUCCAACACCUGCGCCAAGUACAACUACUAGGGAGACCGUAGCACCCGCAAAAGUGGCGGAUUCCUGUGCUGCCAACAUUCCAGAAUCAGUCAAUGAUGGACACGAUGAUGCCACCGAGGCAAUUGUAAACCGUGCCCGACGAGCCACCCUUGCCAUUCAUUGCGAACACGUAGCCACACAACAACACGACGGGAAAACACUAGAGGAUUUCUACCAAAUCAAUCCUAAACUGCUGUUGGGAGAGGGUGGAUAUGGCAAAGUGUUUGCCUGUACGCACAUGGAAAGUGGAUACGAGCGAGCUGUCAAAAUCUUGCCCAAGGGGGACGAACAAGCCAACCAACAGGUGGUGCAGGAAUUCCAAACAAUUCAGUCUCUCGAUAAUCCCAACUUGAUCAAAGUCUAUGACAUGUUUGAGGAUGCCACGCAAUUCUACAUUGUGUCCGACAUUUACAAGGGAGGGGAUUUGUUUGAUGUGUUGGAAGAAAUGGGAACUUUGGCCGAAGAAGAUGUCAGGAAAAUCAUGAACACCAUGCUGACUUGUGUCAAUUACUGUCACCAGAAAAACCUUGUUCAUAGGGACAUCAAGCCAGAGAACGUUCUCCUGGAGGAGCACUUGGGAUUUGAAGAUCUCAAAAUCAUCGACUUUGGACUCGCGGCGACACUCGAGGAAAAGGAUGGUAUUCUCCACGAAGGAGUGGGGUCCUUGUACUACUUUUCUCCACAAAUCCUUGAAGGCACUUACACAAGCAAGUGUGACAUAUGGAGUGUGGGCGUAGUUGCUUUUAUUCUCCUCACUGGUUGCGUGCCUUUCAGCGGAAAAACCAGCGAAGCAACUUUGGAUGCGAUUGUGCAAGGCAAGAUGGAUUUUGGCUUUGAUGACGGUGCGUGGGAUGGCGUUUCCGACGAGGCCAUUGACUUCGUGGCGUAUCUCCUUUCCUACGAUGAAAUCGAAAGACCCAGCGCAGAGCAGGCAUUGAAGCAUCCCUGGCUCGAGUCUUUCCGUUCCACUGCAUUAAAAGAUGACAGUGCCAAACGCUCAUCAUUGAAAAACUCGCUUGCAGAACUCAAGCACUUCAAGAAUCAGAGAUCGAAAUUGAAAAAUGCGGCUUGUGCCAUCAUGUCGAGGUUGCUCUCCAAAGAAGAAAAGGAGAAGAUCGACCUCAACUUUCGUACUCUAGACCGGAAUUGCGAUGGCUGCCUCUGUCCAGAUGAUCUGAGACAAAGCUCUAAAGAACUGCAUGGAGAGCCAAUGACCGACAUGGAGAUUGAUGAAGUAUUUCAGCACGUCAACCUUUCGAGAACAGGGAAGAUAACUUAUUCUGAGCUUGCUAUUGCCAUCAUGAUGGAAGAGAACAUGGUGGAUGACGGCAAAAUGAACGCAGCUUUCCAAACAUUUGAUAAGGAAAACAAAGGCCACAUAUCCGCCAAGAACAUCAGAGAAGUGUUGGGGUGUGGGGAUGAUCUCGAUGUUGGGCAUGUUGGCUCGAUCUCCUUUGAAGAGUUCAAAGUCAUCAUGAUGCAAGACAAAAUCAAACAACCUGCAACUGGCCGAAACAAGCCAAGUCGAACCCCACGCAGAGGCACAUUGGGUAUUGUAGAGUCGACAACGACUCCUGCUUUCACCAAGGCCUUCAAGCGUUUGACAUUGCUCUAG